AUUACAGCCCGUCGUACAUGUAGAAAAAAAUGAAAAUAUUAUAAUAAGUGAAUAUGUAAGUACUUAAAAAGCACAAACAUAAUAUGCUACUGGAAUGUAAGUAUAUGCCCGAUAUACCAAAAUGCGUACUUACCUUUGAAAGCAAGUACAUGUAAUUUACCAGAACUGAUCUGACCUUUAUUCGACCUUUGGAAGUUCGCCAUGUCGUACGGGCUCUCCGUGCACGCCAGGACGUGGCGCGAAUGAUUAUAUCCGCGCGAAAUUACUGGAAAUUAUUGAUCUAUCACUUGACCCCGAUAAUGUCCCCUGAUUUCAUCUUCUGAUUAUGCGUGUUGAUCGUACGAAUGGUUCUCUGCCAGUGUCUAUUGGGAGAAGCUCCUGAUCGUGUAUCUCACGUCGACCAUUGCGAUCGCGCUACUGAACGCUCCAGAAACGAAAAAAAUAUUAAACAGAAGAGCCCAGCUGAUAAAUUGCUCAGUCAACCUUCUAUUCAAAAACCUCCAGCUGCGGUAGACAAUGAGCGCUCUCUAAAGGAAAACAGUACAGUAGUUGCGAUUGACAUUAUUUAUUUGCAGCCAGCUCCGAAAGGGCCACCACCGAUCACUUCCCAUUAUGCUAUCUACACGCAGCCCAAUAAAAUCCCUCCGCGAACCGAUCACAGUUCGGUGAAGAGUGCCAAGACCACUCCCAGCUUUAAAUCAACGAGAUCCUCCGUCAAAGCGCAAUGGAACACUGGUUCGCCCCAACCUACCAAUACCUUAAAGCACCCAGCACCGCCUCCGCCCGACGCCCGCUCGCUUUCCUCCGGGAGAUCAUCGAAGUCGGGUAGAAGCAGUCCGGCGCCGCGGCGACAGGAGGCCCCAACUAAAACCCUGGGUGAGCUCUUGGUUCCUUCGAGCUCCAACCACAGUUCAGCCAAAGGGAAGAAUGUUUAUCGCUCCAACAGUGCCCUUCAGAUUUCUUUCGCCAAGAGCAACCACGAUCUCGAGGAUUUCUAUGCCCAACAUCCGGGAUACGAAGCGGACGCCAUUGAAUCCAAAGGCUUCAUCGUCCCAUCGCGCAGUCUCACACAGGAAGACUAUGAGAGCUGCCUUCCGCCCAGCGCAUAUCCGACUGCCAACGCGGAAUCAUCCCGGGUAACGGUGCUUGUCGAACGGCCCGACAGCGCCAGCAGUCAUAACAAUCAGCCGGCGCAGUGGAAUUCUGGGACGUUUCAACAUGUCGUGGACACACAACCGAUCCCGGCGCCGCAUCUUGACCGUGACGAACCGCAGCCGUACGACAGUGCGUCCGUGAAAUCGAUAUUAUCCAUGAAGUCGAAGUUGUCCGCGAAAUCGCGGGUUUCGCCAGUGUCACAACGCUCCCGCGUAUCCUCCAAAAGUCCGUCGCCGGUAGCGCGUUCGCCGGUAUACGACAACGAGGAGCUGGACGACAAUAAUCCCUUUGCCACGGAGAUCCGGCGGCCGCAGUCGCGCAGCUCCCUGGAGUCCAACGGGCGGAAGGUAUCCGACCGGAAGUCCCCGUCCAAGAACAGUCUAGGCAGCGUGCACGAGCAUUAUGGCCAUGCGGUACAUCGACCGGUGCCUUAUUAUUAAUUCCCCCUGCUAAUUGGUUCUCUGAAGCACUACUUCGCUUUUCGUCGGAGAGCGAUAUUGUGCUGGAAUUUGCUGUAUUGUGCGAUCUUUCGUGCUUAGUUGGUGUGUUUGGUGUAUUAGUGCGGGAGAUACUGAGAUCUUCCGCUUUAUUUAACAACGGUGCUGAAGUGUUAGAAUUUUGCGAUUUGUUUUAUAAAAUCUUUGCUUUGAUUAUAUGGGAGAUUUUGAAGUGCC